CAGCACAUCUGGGACAAGACAAAGUCACCUGCAUGGAAAUUCCUGCCCAAGAAAGAGGUAUAGAAGCUAAUGAAUUUGGAAAAGCUGUCACUGUACAAUCAAUAGUUUCGGAGCAGUGUGAUCCUGCAGAACAGCGUGUUCGUGAACAUGCUACAUGUGGGAAAAUCUUCCAACAAAACUCAGACUUAAUUAUACAAAGGGAGUGUGAUGGAAAGAGACCUUGUGAAUGUAGUGGAUGCGGGAAAGCCUUAAGAGACCACACCACUCUUAUUCAACAUGAAAGAACGCAUACUGGAGAGCGGCCCUACAGAUGUAACGAAUGCGGAAAGGGAUUUAACCAGAGUUCCCACCUAACAAACCAUCAGAAGACUCACACAGGGGAAAAGCCCUACAAAUGCAAUGAAUGUGGGAAGGCCUUCAGUUAUUGUUCAGUCCUUAUUCAACAUCAGAGAAUUCAUAGUGGGGAGAGACCUUAUGAGUGCACUGAAUGCGGUAAGACGUUUAGUCGUAGCACAUACCUUACUCAGCAUCAAAGAAUUCACACUGGUGAGAAACCCUAUAAAUGUCUUGAAUGUGGAAAGGCUUUCAGCCAGAGCACGCAUCUUACUCUACAUCAGAGAAUUCAUACUGGAGAGAAACCUUACGAAUGCAGUGAAUGUGGUAAAACCUUCAGUCAGAGUGCACAUCUUACUCAACAUCAAAGAAUUCAUACGGGAGAAAAGCCCUAUGAAUGUAAUGACUGUGGAAAAGCCUUCAGUGAUCACUCCGCUCUUACUCGACAUCAUAUCAUCCACACUGGGGAGAAACCUCAUGAAUGCAAUGACUGUGGGAAAGCUUUCAGCUACUGCUCCGACCUGAUUCAACACCAGAGAACACAUACUGGAGAGAAACCAUACAGGUGCGGUGAAUGUGGGAAUGCCUUUAGUGACUGUUCAGCCCUCAUCCAGCAUCAAAGAAUUCACACUGGGGAGAAGCCCUAUGAGUGUAGUGAAUGUGGGAAAGCCUUUGGUAACUACUCAGCUCUCACUCGCCAUCAAAGAACUCAUACUGGGGAGAAACCCUAUGAAUGUAAGGAAUGUGGAAAAACCUUUAGCAGAAGCACAUACCUUACUCAACAUCAGAGAAGUCACACAGGAGAUAAACCAUAUAAAUGUCAUGAGUGUGAGAAAACUUUUGCCCAGAGUUCAUUCCUUACACAACACAUGAGGGUUCACACUGGAGAAAAACCCUACAGGUGUAAUGAAUGUGGGAAAGCUUUCAGUGACCGCUCAGGGCAUAUCCAGCAUCAGAGAACUCACACUGGUGAGAAGCCCUAUGAAUGUAAUGAUUGUGGGAGAGCUUUCAGUUUCUGCUCAGCCCUCAUUCAACAUAAGAGAAUUCAUACUGGAGAGAAGCCCUAUAAAUGCAGUGACUGCGGAAAAGCCUUUAGUGAUAGGUCAGCACUUAUUCAACAUCAGAGAACUCACACUGGAGAGAAACCCUAUAAGUGUAACGUAUGUGGAAAAGCCUUCAGUCAGAGUACGAACCUCAGAAAUCACCAGAAAACUCAUUCUAGUGAAAGAUCCUAUAAAUGUAGUGAAUGUGGAAAAGCCUUUAGUUACUGCUCAGGCCUCAUUCAACAUCAAAUCAUUCAUCCUGGAGAGAAGCCUUAUUAUGCAUGCAGUGAAAUGUGGCAGAGCCUUCAGCCGGGGGACAGACCUUAAAAAACAUCAGAAGACUCAUACUGAAGAGAAACUCUACAAAUGUAAUGAAUGUGGAAAAGCCUUUAGCCAGAGCACGUAUCUUACAAAACACCAGAAAAUUCACAGUGCAGAGAAAGCAAAUAUACAUACUGCCUGUAGGAAAACCGUUAAGCAAAACUCUUCUGUUCAACGCGAAAAAUCUCACACUGGAGAGAAAUCCUCUGAACGCCUUGAGAGUCUGGCUGCUGUGGAGACCAGGGAAACAGAAGGAUCAUGAAAACUGUCAACUAGAGUGGCCACAUGGCUUAGUGGGAAGAGCGCAUUUAUGGGUUUUAGAGGUCCUGGGUUCUAAUCUCAGCUCUAUUACUAACUAAGUGCAUUACUUACUUGAGGGUAAGUCACUUUACCUCUUUAAACCUUAAUUUACUCACCUGAAAAAUUUGAAGGUCUAAUUGAUCUUUAAGAUCCACAUUUAUUUUAUUUAUUACCAAUGUAGGCUUUUACAGAGGUGAUUCUUAAAUUGUGACCUAUUUAUUCUACAACAGUUCUGAUUUACAUUGUGAGGAUGUGGCCGUCAUUAUGGACUCAGUAAAGAUACGGCCUACACACUAUUUAUUACCAUGGGUCCUCCAAAAUGAAACAUACUAUGAAUAUUCAAGGAAAUUAAGAGAUAAAGUAAUAUGAAUUCUGUUAAUUAUUGCAGUAGGAAGGUUGGGAUCUUUUCUUGAUUAAGAAUAUGGUGUUGGAUAAAACCUCAAAAAGAAUGAAUCAAAUUAUUGGUAAAGCCUGGGUUACCUAGAAUCCACCCAAACUUAAUGGUGCAAUAUAAAUUUUCUCUAUUAAGUUCAAUUGGUUGCUAUCAUGUCCCAAGUGAAAAAGAACUGGAAAGCAGUUCUAAAGUCUUGAGCAGAUUUCUAAGAACAGAUGAAAUUGGAAAGUGUAUUUGCCAUUUCCACCUAAAUAUGUAAAGGCCACGUGAAUGAAAAUGAAUGUUGAUCUAGGAAAGUCCGUUGGUCUCUGGUCUUUUUCCUGUGAUUACAGAGACAAUAGCCUGAAAAUAGGAAGAUUUAUUUCAGAAGCCUGUGAUACUAAGUUGACCAUUUAAUUUUUUUCCAGAUUUUCUGUCAUGCCUGUGCAUUGUUUUAUAAUCAAAGAAACAAUAUUUAAAAGGAAUUUGAUAACUAAGCAAAUUUAAUGGUUUUGGAAUAGGAGACUACUUUAGCAAAUUAUGCAAUGGAUUUAAAAACUCUGAGCACAAGUUUAAGACUGUCAUAAAGCUGUUUUGUGGCA